CGGGGAGUAUUUAGGAGGCUCCUGUUGGUCGGAGUGUCAGUCAACAUGAGGAGCGCGAGGACACUGCAGCAGCUCGCGGCUGUUCCGAGGAGGAGUCUUCAUCACCGGUCAGCGGGGAUCAUCGGAGCCCCGUUCUGCAGGGGACAGCCUCGCGACGGAGUGGAGAGAGGACCGGACCUGAUCAGAGCUGCGGGGCUGCUGCAAAAACUGCACGAGCAAAGCUGUGCAGUGAAGGAUUAUGGGAACUUGGCGUUUGAGGACGUGGCGGACGACGAGCCGGUGGGGCGGGUGAAGCGUGCGCGGGCGGUGGGCAGCGCCAACCGGAGGCUGUCGGAGGCGGUGCGGGCCGUGAAGCAGGACGGACACACCUCAGUGAUGCUGGGAGGAGACCACAGUUUGGCGAUCGGUUCCAUUCACGGUCACUCAGCGGCGGUGGGAGAUCUGAGCGUCGUGUGGGUCGACGCCCACGCCGACAUCAACACGCCGCUGAGCUCCGACACCGGAAACAUCCACGGGCAGCCGGUGUCCUACCUGCUGCACGAGCUGCACGCAAAGAUUCCCGUCCUGCCAAACUUCUCGUGGAUCAAACCGUGCGUGUCGGCCAAGGAUCUCGUCUACAUCGGUCUGAGAGACGUCGAUCCAGCAGAGCAUUACAUCCUGAAGCUUCUGGGUGUGAAAGUGUUUUCCAUGUCGGAGGUGGAUCAACUCGGCGUAGCCAGAGUCAUGGAGGAGACCUGCGACUACCUCUCUGCCAAAGUGAAGAAACCGAUCCACUUGAGCUACGACAUCGACGCCAUCGACCCGUCUGUGACCCCGGCGACCGGGACGCCUGUGUCCGGAGGCCUCACCUACAGAGAGGGCCUCUACAUCGCUGAGCAAGUGGCUCAGACAGGUCUGCUGUCGGCGGUGGACAUGGUGGAGGUGAAUCCUCUGAGAGGUGAAACCGACCAGGACGUCCGGUCCACAGUCAACAUGGCGGUGGAUCUGCUGCUCGCCUGUUUCGGACGCCUCCGUGAAGGAAACCACUCGCCGGAUUACCGCCUGCCUGAGCCUUGACGCGGACGACGACGCCGGCUUCUCCAACUGCAUUGAUUGACACCUGAACGCCUCUGAUCACCUGCAGAACCUGAAGGGUUUUAACUUGAAGACCUCAGAUGAUUAAACUCCUGCACGCUCACCAAACCAAAGAAACAAAGGUGUUCCUGUGCAUGUAGCUUCCGCUCGCCGCUGCCUUUCAAAACACAAAUUAUAUCAGUUAUUGAUUUAUUAUUGUAGCAAUCAUUUCUUUAAAUCAAUUAUUUAGUCUAGAAUCUUUAGAAAAGAGUAAACGAGAACCGCUCAUCCAAUCAACCACACUGCUCUCCCUUAGGUCCUCAGACCUUGGCCGUGACACCGUCGUCCUAUUCCCCGCUAAUCUAAAAAUGGCCGUCGCUGCUGAUUUAUAUAAUUCCCCCCCCCGCAGCGGCCAUAAAGGGAACAUAGCUAGAGAUACAAAACUGUGUUUUGCAGUAGACUGUAAACAAGUUGAUUUCAACACGGGGGUCCGAGGGGAUCGACUCGCUUUUGGAGCCUCAAGUGGCCAUUCAAGGAACUGCGUUUUUUGGCGCUCGGCAGCAGCACGUACAGUUGGCUGUUAUAGCGCCACCAUCUGGCCCAACCCACACUGCACCCCCCGGGGUCCUCAGCAACACCGACGCCGAGCGGGAAGUCGAUCGGAUGAGCGGUUCUCGAGAUACACGACAGACAGAGAUUCAAAGUGAUCGUCAAUGAAUUGCUUGAGAUUGAAAUUAACAUAUUAUAACAAUGUUUUAAAAUCUGAAAAUGUAAUAAAAUAUGUUUUAUCCUGAA